AUGGCAAAAGCGGCCAACGGAAAGGCUAUGAAGGCCCGCAGGAGGAAGCGGUUUGUUACCCUUGACCCAAUAUAUGAAAGACAGAGAGAAAUCAUUGCUGCUCGCAUGCAAGCUCACAUAGAUAUGCAGAAUGGUAAGGAACCAGAAACACCAGCUCCACCAGUUGACCAGUGGGUUGCAGAACUUAGGCAGACACCGGCUCCAGUAGCUCCUUUCAACCGCGAAGAGAUAGAUGCUGAUGUUGAAGCUCUCAAGAAGCAGCUUCUCCCAUAUUAA